AUGUCAUCUCACUCAUACAAGGCAACCCACGGCUCCGGCCAGUCGAGCGUUGGCAACAGCCAGAUUUACGAGGCCGGUGAUCAGCGUAACGAGCCCCAGUCCGUCAUUAACGAGCGCGAGCGUUACAAGGAAGGUGUCAAGGGGAGCCACAAGAACCUUGACUCCAAGGAUGAGCGCUCCAUCGCCAAUAGGCUCGCUUCCCAGGGCAACAAGCCCGAUUCCUCGCACCAUCACAACAAUGUCUCCAACCCGGAGGCUGAGCUGAGCAAGCAGGAUCCCACAAAGCCGGCCAAGAUGCACGGUAACACUCCCUCCAAGGGUGCCCAGAUUGAUGCCGAGCUGCAAGCCGAGGAUGAGCAGCGUCUGCGUGAGAAGGGCAUCAAGAAAUAA